UGCUUAAGAAAAACAAAAUUGAACGUGUGGUUUGGGAAAUAGUCAAGCGAAACACGAGCAUGAAAAGGAUGGGCAUGGGAUUUUGACACCUUCUGCCGUCAGUCUCCAAGUGAGGGGCGUGCCAAACGAACACCAUACAUCGCCGUCCGUGAUGACACUGUGUGUGACGGUAAACCAGCCAGUCACAAGCCAGCCUAACCUAACCAUCCAUCCAGAGAUCGCGUAAAGCCGGUCUUACACCACGUUCCACGGUACGGUAGGGUCUCAGCUCACCGUGCACUUCAUCAUCAUUGCACUGGGUGUGCUGCCUGAUGCCGGCCUAAUAACUCUAUCUUCUAGAUAUUGGCCAGUGAUAUACAUGGUGGCAGUCCAGCCCGUACUGUGCACUACCACGCGCAUGAGAAAACAAUUCUCAUGCAGAUCUGAUUUGUCAGACCCAGAAGUAACGGACCGGAAUUUCCAUCCACGUAUACGCAUUUUUGGGACUGGUUUUAAAAGUGAAGCUAAUUUUAUCUUAUCCCACAGGUCUACGGAAUAAAUUGACUUUGAACAACCAGCUAGCAGGACACAGGCAAUCUUGACCGUGGACUCCUAUUGGACAGUGCGUGCCAAAUAACCAAUCAAGCUGCGUGCCUCAUUACUCCAGCCGUGUUCUCGUCUGGGCUUAGUCGGAGUUGGAGUCGAGAGAGUUACUGGUUUCUCAGCAGGAAGUACGGGAGACUGGUUAUAUCCAGACCUGACGCAGUUGUGAGCUAGUCAGCAGCGGCAGCAGCCACUGAUAACACCGACCGUAAUCGGCCGUACUUGUACGGUAGCUGGCUGGCACUCACCACACGCUAGCAACCUCCUUCGUCAUCGGGACUCUGCCCGGACUUUCUUCUCGCAUGAAGCAAGCAGAGCUACCCUCAACCUUCCCAGCCAUGGCUUACGCACCGAUAUUACCCCCACGGCUCAGUGACUUCUCGGUCAACUCUUUGCUAACGCAGCCGCACUUUUUUCCGGGCGUAUUCCGGGGCCACAGCUUAGCGGGUGCACCGGGGGCCAGCGCCGGCAGCAUGCCGGCCGGGUUCCCGGUGCCUAAACUCAGCGACUUGCACAACCCGUACACGGCGCUGCAAGCCGAUCUGCUGGCGGCGCACAACCACAGGCAGACCAUGCAACAAAUCCAUGGCAUCGAGCCCCAAGAAAGUGACACAGAUGACCCUCAAGUGACUCUGGAAUCCAAGGAGCUUUGGGAUCAAUUUCACAAAAGGGGGACAGAGAUGGUCAUCACUAAAUCUGGCCGACGAAUGUUCCCCUCCUUCAAAGUCCGAGUCUCGGGCCUAGACAAGAAGGCCAAGUACAUCCUUCUCAUGGACAUCGUAGCUGCCGAUGACUGCCGUUACAAGUUCCACAAUUCUCGCUGGAUGGUGGCAGGCAAGGCCGACCCCGAGAUGCCCAAGCGUAUGUAUAUCCACCCGGACUCACCCAGCACGGGCGAGCAGUGGAUGCAGAAGACGGUGUCCUUCCACAAGCUCAAACUCACCAACAACAUCUCCGACAAGCACGGUUUCACGAUUUUAAACUCGAUGCACAAAUACCAGCCUCGAUUCCACAUUGUCAAGGCCAACGACAUUUUGAAGUUGCCAUGGAGUCACUUCCGGACUUUCGUCUUCCGUGAAACCGACUUCAUUGCCGUCACAGCCUACCAGAACGAAAAGGUGACACAGCUCAAAAUCGACAACAACCCAUUCGCGAAGGGGUUCCGGGAUCAAGGGACGGGCAAACGAGAGAAGAGGAAAUAUCCGUCAGCAAGUUACGACCUGGACCACAGGGACCCGGAUGACGGUGCUAGCGAUCAGGAACCAGAAGCAGGUGAAGUCAGCACGACCAACUCGGAAAAGCACGAAGACAAAGUUCUUUCACAUCACGAGAGAGACAUAGCCGCUAGACUGGCUGCAGACCAUGACGAGGUCACGGAGCUGCUUCGCCGGAGAGCCGAAAAUGAGAGACGGUGCCACGAGAGUAAGCUAGAAGACGUGGAGAUGAGAGACGUCAGCCGAGAGAAGGUCCCCACCCUGGGGGACAGACACCCUCACGAAGACACAGCGGGACAUGGAGGCAAAUCAGACACUGAAGAUCGCAUCACGGGUAGCCGCAAACCAGAGACCGGUCGGGAAUCGGAUAAGAGUGACUUGUCAUCCUCAUCAGGUCCGAAGAGCGGUGGAUCGCCUGGGUCUUUGCUCAACCCAUUCCAUGCAGCAGCUACAGGCCAUGGCCCUCAUCCACCUGUGGUCACACCGGUCUAUCCGACCCCACAUCCGUUUUUCCUGCAUCCUCAGAUGGCUCUACCCGGUAGCGUUGCCAACCUUGGAGCCAUGUCUCACAUGAUUCCCUUCGUCUCACAAUCGUCUGGUUCCUACUCACCAUCCUCACAUCAUUGUCUGGACGUUCAUUCUGCAUUUGCCCUGAGCGCCCAUCAGAGCCUUCUGGCUUCGCAGUCUAGUCUUGCCGCGUCUGGUUUUGGACUCUACUCAGACCCUUCAGCGUUAAGCCAGGCCUACGCGAGCAAUGCCUGCACUGGUGCAAUAUUCAGCGGUCACCCGCGAUUCAGGUUUUCGCCCUAUGCCUUGCCGGCUACAAGUACGACAAUGGUGACCACGGCCAGUCCAUUGGCCAGCACGCUCCCCUAUGAUAACUCUCUUCACUCCUCUAGUUUGUUAGGACAUUCGGCCACUUCACCUACAAUCAGCACCUCAAAGAGCUCGAGCAGCCCCGGCGCUUCAGUAGUAAGCUCGGCAGCUAGCGAGUUGCAGAGUAUACAGAGGAUGGUCAGUGGGCUCGAAAAGGAACCUAAGUGACGCUUGCAAGACAAGUCAUGACGUCAACUGCAGAUAUAGAUAAUUAUAACUACUUUGAUAACUAGAGACAAAUUAUAAUUGCACAAAGAAAUUUAACAAGGUAUAUUGAAGUCAAAUGAUAAAUUAUCCUGGUAGACUACAAGAAACCAAGUGUAAGAUUCUUAUUGAAUAUCACUCUGGAUUCAUGGAAAUCCUCUGAAAUACCCAGUUAUAUUGAUCUCUUUUUCAAACUUUGAUAUCAUAAUAAUUAUUGAUGUGGGCCAACAGUGAUCAAUUUGUUUCAUAUUUUUGUCGUAGGCCUAGUGGUGCUUUGUCUCAGUAUUAAACAAAUCAGAACAAGAAGAACUCAAAUGCAGACUUACGAAAUGGCUUUCAGUGAUUGAAGCCGACCUGUAGCACAAACGCUUAAUGUUGAAGGUUUCGUGCGCUGUGGUGUUCCGUUUAACAGCAAACCUCACAGCGCGAGCUAUUCCACGUAGUUGUUUGUAGCAAAAAGCCCUGCGUAGACACAGAAUAACAAAUUGAUUUUCUCCAUUCGAAUUGACAUUUUCUUGAAGUUCCUAGUCCAUUUUUGAAGUAGCCCUGCUCUGGGUGCAUGGUUUUUCUUUUGUUUUUUUUCUUCUGAGAGCGACAUCAGAUCCAGAUGAGGAGGUGAUUGUUAUUCAGUCCUAGAGAUCAUGUGAAAUCGAUGGCCGUAGCGUCAUUAGACCCCGGGAUAGAUCUCCAGUGACUCCCGUGUCUGAAUGGAAGGAGUCCUGGGAUGAAUUCCCGUCAGUCGCCGACUUAUUGACAGGGUGUUACACGAUCAGUUUGGCGUCGUACAGGCCACAGUCUUGACCCGAGGUUUUUUCUAAUUGUCGGAUUCUCGAUUCUGAAAUUUGGGUCAGAAACAUAACUUUUAGGGUGUUCAAAAACCAUGGGGUUUCGGAAGGGGAAUGAAGCGAUUCCUGCUGGCUGGGGAGAGUUUACGACGCAUUCAACUUGUUGCCAUAAGCUUGGUUUAAUUCAAAAGUAAAUGUUUUCAGUAUCCCAUCCACAAGGAUGUGUUUUGCUGUAGGAAUCAAUUUGGUUAGCGGAUGCAUGGCAACUGUGUUGGUUUUACUUUUGAUGUAUGUGUAGAUUGUUGCAUUUGUGCAAAUUGUUUUCGAUGGAAAUUGUUCUCAGACCGAUAUAAGUUAUGUAAUCCUUCCAAAAAGGGAUUCAUCCUCGGCGUUAUGUUCACAAUACCAAGGAUAUACUAAAUUAAAGUGGAAUUUCGAAGUAACUGUCAGUUCUUUAGCCUGUAGAAACCGCGCAAGAAUCGAUUGAAAAUACCACAGGUGUUGUCUUAUUCGAUUAUCAACGAAACUGAACGUUUUCCUGAUAUGCGAUAUGCGUCUCAUUUUUAUUAGUGAAAUGAAUCGGGUAUUAAUAAAUUAAGAUCAAAUUGUUUUGCAUAAUGCUGCCUUGGGUGCGCCGCCUUUUAAUAUAAGGUACGAACGGUAAUAGUUUUUAAUUUAAGUAAAAAUAUGAAUAAAAAAGACUCAAGAAAACCAUUGUACAUAAACUUUAAAUGGUGUUGGAUAUAUUUAUGUUUUGUAAGAUAGAUACAAAAUUACUGGCAAUUUCUGCAAGUAAACAGAGUUGUUGUACAUUCAGGUUAUUUAUGAGAUAGUUCGUUAAUAUAUUAAAAUGCAGUAAAUGUUAUAGUAAUGUCGUCCGCCAAGAACAAAGAAUAUUAAAUUCAAACUAAUGCAUAAUUAGUGAUCCCUGUGCAGAGUUCUCGUUGACCUCAAGUCAGACAACGUGUCAUGUGCCAAAGGUCAACCGGUCAACCUUUAGUUUCCGGGGUUAAAUGAGCUGACAUUUGACCUGGAUUGGUUCGAUUCACUUAAAACUGCUUUCAUAAUAAAAAAAAACCCAAUUUUUUUUAUUAGUCGACACAUUUAGGCUAAUCCUGAAGUCAUUUAAAACUGACCCAUUAAAAUUUAAGUGACUUUCAUUGUCUAUUUCCAAAUGAGAAUCAAAUUUGCUUUCAGAACAAACAAGGCAAUAUUAUUAUUCAUGUAUAGAUUCACAGUCUGCUUUUUCUCUUGUCAGUAUUCUUGCUAUUCUUUUUUUUUUUUUGGUUCUUUUUUAUUAUCUUCGUGUGGUGUUUAUUAACAAGCCGCAGAAUCAUUAUUCUUAUGUGACUGUCAUAGAAAUCUUGUCCUCUUAGUGUACAUUUUGUACUGUAUAUUGAAAUCCAACUCUAGAAAUUGGAGGGGAAUUAUCAGACAAAACGGAGUAUACCUCUGGUGGCGAUUUACCAUUAAAAGCCCUCCAGCGGGCAGUGCCAAAUGAUUGAAAAAGUGAA